UCAGAAUUCCCCAUAGGUGUUGGAUUGGGUUUAGAUCAGGAGACAUACUUGGCCACUGAAUCACUUUCACCCUGUUCUUCUUCAGAAAUGCAACAGUGGCCUUAGAUGUGUGUUUUGGAUUAUUAUGUUGGAAAAGUGCACACCGACCAAGGGCACGGAGUGAUUGUAGCAUCUUCUCUUUCAAUAUAGAGCAUCAUGCAGCCCCACAAAAGGUCACUGCCACCAUCACCACCACCAGCAUGUUUCACUGUAGGCACCAUGCAUCUUUCUUUGUACUCCUCACCUUUACAAUGCCAUGCAGUUUUGAAGCCAUCAGUUCCAAAAAACAUUUGUCUUGGUCUCAUCACUCCAGAGUACAGAGGUCCAGUAGUCUUCUUCUUUUUCAGCAUGGGUCCUGGCAAAUUUUAGUUGGACUCUUUUGUGCAUGGGCUUUAGGAGAGACUUCCUUCGUGGACGACACCCAUGCAUGCCAUUCUUCUGCAUUGUACACCAUAUUGUGUCACUGGGGAAACAAUCUCCCCAGUUUGGCUUUCUAGUUCAUUAGCUAACUACAGUGAACUUGCAUGGUGAUUUUCUUCAAUCUUUCUCAUCA